GAACCCCCGUCCCCCCGCCCCCAUCUCCUCCCCGUCCCCGUCCCCUCGGCGCCAUGAAGCUCUACAGCCUCAGCGUCCAUUACAAGGGAGACACCAAAGCCGUCCUGCUCAAAGCCGCCUACGAUGUCACCUCCUUCAGCUUCUUCCAGAGGGCCAGUGUCCAGGAGUUCAUGACCUUUACGAGUCAGCUGAUCGUGGAGCGCACGGGGAAGGGCAACAAGGCUUCUGUCAAAGAGCAAGAGUACUUCUGCCACGGGUACGUGCGCCAUGAUGGGCUGGCAGGUGUGGCCAUUGCGGACAACGAAUACCCACCCCGGGUGGCUUUCACCCUGCUAGAGAAGGUCCUGGAUGAAUUCUCCAAGCAGGUGGACAGGAUAGACUGGCCGGUGGGAUCCCCUGCCACGAUCCAGUACACGGCCCUGGACGGCCAUCUUAGCAGAUACCAGAACCCACGCGAGGCCGACCCGAUGACCAAAGUGCAGGCCGAGUUGGACGAGACCAAGAUCAUUCUGCACAACACCAUGGAGUCUUUGUUGGAACGAGGGGAGAAGCUGGACGACUUGGUGUCCAAAUCGGAAGUGCUGGGAACGCAGUCGAAAGCCUUCUACAAAACCGCCCGGAAACAAAACUCAUGCUGUGAGAUCAUGUGACCGUGCCGGCAGGGAUUCCCGCUCUGGACACUCCGGCUGCCUUUCCCGUAAAGAGCUGUCGAACCCCCAGGACGCGGGAGAGCCAACCUGAACCGACACCCACUCCUUCUCACGGGUCUGGGGACUUCCAUUUCGCCUCUCCCCGCCUCGGGCUGAGAGCUGGCUGAGAAGGAGGCCGAACUCCGUAUGUCUAAUUACCGUUUUUCUCCAAAAGGAUGAAUGUGGAACCGUGAGAAGGUCCCACUUCGGGGCCCAAGCGAAACCUGAAAUUCUCGGCGACCCCCAGCACUACUGGCCAGCUCCCUUCUCUGAACCCCCAGGGAGGGAGCCAGGACAGGCCUCGAGCCAAGCCCUCACCAGAGUCAGGACCAAAUCUGCCCUAGAUCCACUCCGCUUUUUUUUUUUUUAAACUCAUUAGGAUGACACUAAGGGGAAGCUGCCUGGACAGGUGUGGACCGGGCAGCUCCAGGGUGCAGAACUGGGCAGAAGCAACGGGACAGUUCACGGGGCCCUAACUCUCUUGGGAAGAGACCCUCCCACGAAGCCAGCCGAAUCCCGUCCCGGCCCGCCGUGGGCCGCGGGGGGAGAGACCGAGGGAGCCGGUGGCGGGGGUUGCUGGGGCCGGCUGGCGGGAGGUGGGCACGCCGAUCCCCGGAGACGCAGCUGUAAAGAGCUCCAGACAAAAAUCGGCAGGCAGAGUCCACACCCCUCCGGUGAGCCAGGAGACCCGAAAGCCGACCGGUCCUUCCCCUCUGGGCCUUUUCCCGGUGACUUGGUGGGAGCAACUGCUGGUUGCGUUUCCGUGAAUGGAAACCUCCCUGGCUGCCCGCCGCUUGUCACCAGAAAAGGGGGUGCUGAUAGGGCUGUCACUUGUGCCCCGUCCAGUGAGAGGGUCCCACGCCCCGGGGCGCCAGGGGGGCUCCAGGCGUGGGUGUCUCCAGUCCCCAGCUGGGACGGGGCCCCCCCCCCAUGUCCUGGGGAAAUUACUGACCUCAACUUCCCCUGCCGCAUCUUCCCUCACCUUACAUUUUGAAGUUUCUCAUCCUCGGGCUCGCCCGUUGGAGCCACUGGGCUCGUCUUCUGCCGCCCCCACAAGGCUUACUCCCGGUUCGGACUUGGCCCUGUCUUUUCCUGCCCUAGGGGUCGAGGGCAGCCUGCCAGGAGCCCCCAAGAGAGCACGCUCGGUCCGGCUUCACGGGACAUUGGCCCGCAGGCAAGCCGGGCCUGUUCAGCCAGGGCUUCACUACUGCCUUUCCUUGUGCCAUCCCAACACUGUGCUCUCCGCCAGCGCCCAAGGAGACCUGGCUCGGCCAGGCUCGGGUCUGACUCGAACACCGCGAAGGCCUCGACUCCCCCGGGGCCAACCGCCCCGAGACCCCACCUUCCUGGCUGAAGUAGGCAGGCGCAUGGGCCUCCCGAGUGGCCUCUAAACGAGUUAUUUUCCUGACCCACCCAGGUCUGAAUGGUGGGGAAGGGCUAAGUGGGGAUGCUUCAGCCUAGUCUCGUGGGUACCGCGUCCUCCCCGCCCCGAAGCUGCUGCCGGCAGCCCCAAUCCCUGGGAAAUCAGCAACGUCUCCGUCGCUCGGUCUCACGUUCCAGCCCUCCACCCCCGCCGGUCCGGGAACGAGAGGGGCUUUGGCCAAGCCCGAGGCCCGUCCGGGAGCCUGGCGUGGGCCGCCCCAUCACUUCCUCUUCAGCUUUCCUCCCGAGCAGGGGCACGGGGCGCCCGUCAGUCGAUCGUUGGUCAGUGCUGGCGGCCUACGGAGGAAGCAUCGAAUCCUUCCGCCUCAGCACGGCGCAGACGGUCUCCCGGGGGGAGAGGACCACCUGGCUGGGAGGCUGCUUGUCCCACCCUUCUCUGUCGGCCUGCCUCUCCCCCGCCCUUCGGCUCCGGGCCGUCCCCUCGCCCUUUCUGAUCUUAACGCUUCUGCUCGACAUUGGCCGAGAGUGUUUUAACCUGGUCGCCGCCUAACUUCCCCUCUGUGUGUUCAGUUUCCGAGAGCUUCUGGUCUGGUUAAAGUUGUCUUGGUAACCCCGCAA